UUCAUUUUAACUUUUCAGAUUUUCGGUCUUAAUUUGUAUUGUUUUGGAAAAGAAUGGCAACUUCAAGUACUGAUGUGAGUGAAUCUUCAGACAUCGUUCACGAGUUCGCAUGUAAACCUUGUUCUGAUGAUGGCAAAAACAUUGACGGUGUGAAUUUCUGCGCUGAGUGCCAGACUUACUUCUGUCAUGCAUGCGUUCAAUUCCACAACAAAUGCUUCAAAACUCACACAAUCUACAAUAAAUCUGGAGUUAAAUCAGGCAAGCUCCAGUUUGAGCAGACACAAAGCGGUUUAGCAUGUGAUAAACAUGCAGGAUACCCAAUUCAAAUGUACUGUAGAGAACAUGAUACUGUGUGUUGUGCUGUUUGUAUAGCUGUUGAUCACAGGUUGUGCAAGAGUGCUGACUUCAUCCCAAAGCUGGCAAAAGAAAUCUUGAAUGGACGGGACAGAAAUGAUCUGAAGACAUCGCUAGAAGGGAUUCGGAAACAGCUGAAUUCCAUGAAGGCUAAAAGGUUACAGCAGAUAAAAGAUGUGGGUGAAGAAAAAGAUGAAAACUUGAAAGAAAUUGUCAAGAUGAAGGAACAGAUCAUUGCCAAAGUGGAAGAGUUGGAACGAAAUUCUGUCCAACAAGUCCAGAAGAAACAUGACAAAAUCGUUAGAGCUAUAAAGACUGACAUAGACUCAAUAGAUGUGAAACUGAAUGCCGUUCAGAGCAAUAUUGAAAAGGUUAAUGCAUUCAAGGGAGACAAUGAAGCUAAUUUGUUUGUAGUUCUGAAUAAAGCACAUGAGGUAGAAGUAAGUAGUAGUAGUUUCAUUGAUGAGAAUGGUAAAGGGGAGUAUAACAAAAUUGAUUUUGUAGUCAAUCAAGAUAUUGCAACCUUUGUAGGUAAGAUAGAUGCUUUUGGUAAUGUCAAAGGUGAUGAAGACAGGGAAAAAGGUCAUACAGUAGCCACUUAUUCUCAGAUACAUGUAGCUGAAGCAUCAAUUGUUAGUCAAGUUUCUGUUAAAGGAAAAGACAGUUGUAUAUUAGAUAAUGGCCAGAUUAUUAUUCUUGUAAAUGAAGGUCUUAUUAGACUUGAUAGAACUUAUAAGUUGUUAGAUAAAUGUUAUUUGAGUAGGGCCUGGCAUUUAUGCCAGGUCGGACCAACUGAGAUAGCUGCUUUGGAUGAUGAAAAGAAAUUUACAUUUGUUGAUGCUGGAAAAUCAUUAUUAAUCAGUCGGUCUUUUUGUAUGUAUAGCAAUAAGGAUGAUAUGAAGAAGCGGUACCCAGUAAAUCCACCAUGGGAAUUGUAUAAAGUACAAUGUUUUGGUUUAACAGUUUCAAAUAAAAAACUAUUUGUGUGUGAUGUAUUGACAUACCGGAAAUACAUUAACCACUCUUACAUAUUCAGUUAUAAGUUUGGUUUUUCAGUUUAUGAUCUGAAAGGUUCUUAUAUUGAAACACAUAUAUUCCUGUCUGAUGAAGAAGCUGAUAUAGGAAUUAUUCAUGCAACUUUCAGCUCUUAUAACUCUUGCAUGUACAUUUCUACCAGUAAAAAGGGUCUCUUAGUCUCUGACACGAUUAACAAGACAUUGUCAAAGGUUACACACGAGAGACUUCUAAAUGCUUAUUGUGUCUGUGAGGGAAGAAAUGGUCAAUUCUUUGUUUGUGGUCGGGACUCACACAAUAUAUUUCUAGUAGAUAGAAAGAAUAACACAAUGGAAGAAAUCUUAGGUAGUAUGAAUGGAAUUUUAGACCCUACUUCUGUGAUGUAUAUAAAACAAGAAAAUCGCCUCUUGGUCACAAGUGCAUCUCAAGAUGUCAAAGUGUAUCAGUUAAAAUAGGGAGCCAAACAUAUGAUGAGUCUGAUAAAGAAAAGUUAAGAGUUCAUUAGAUUUUGAAAUUAGUGUAUAAAAUCAAAUACACUACCACAUACAGGAAUUUCAUAAGAUCUCAUUUAGUUGUUUAUUACUGCCUCAGUGUCAUGUUCUUACUACAACCUAGUGAAGUUCCAAUUAUAUGGGAGAGGGGGCAAUUGUCCACAUUUGCAUUUUCACUGAUGUAUGUGGGUUGGGGGAGCAAACGUCCUUGACUGUUUUAGAUAUUAUGUUAUGAUAGUUCAAGGUUUGGCUGUAUUGUAUAUUAUGUUAUGAUAAUUCAAGGCUUGACUGUAUUGUAUAUUAUGUUAUGAUAGUUCAAGGUUUGGCUGUAUUGUAUAUUAUGUUAUGAUAGUUCAAGAUUUGACUGUUUUUUAUAUUAUGUUAUGAUAGUUCAAGGUUUGGCUGUAUUGUAUAUUAUGUUAUGAUAGUUAAAGAUUUGGCUGUAUUGUAUAUUAUGUUACGAUAGUUCAAGAUUUGACUGUAUUGUAUAUUAUGUUAUGAUAGUUCAAGAUUUGAAUGUAUUGUAUAUUAUGUUAUGAUAGUUCAAGAUUUGACUGUAUUGUAUAUUAUGUUAUGAUAAUUCAAGGCUUGACUGUAUUGUAUAUUAUGUUAUGAUAGUUCAAGGUUUGACUGCAUUGUAUAUUAUGUUAUGAUAGUUCAAGAUUUGACUGUUUUAUAUAUUAUUUUAUGAUAGUUCAAGGUUUGGCUGUAUUGUAUAUUAUGUUAUGAUAGUUCAAGGUUUGACUGUAUUGUAAUUUUAUGUUAUGAUAGUUCAAGGUUUUGCUGUAUUGUAUAUUAUGUUAUGAUUGUUCAAGGUUUGACUGUAUUGUAUAUUAUGUUAUGAUAGUUCAAGGUUUGACUGUAUUGUAUAUUAUGUUAUGAUAGUUCAAGGUUUGGCUGUUUUAUAUAUUAUGUUAUGAUAAUUGAAGGUCUCGCUGUACUGAAUUUAUGCUAUGAUAAUUCAUGGUUUGACUGUAUUACAUAUAAUGUUUUGUUAUUUCAAGGUUUGACUGUAUUGUAUUGUAUAUUAUGUUAUGAUAUUUCAAGAUUUGACUGUAUUGUAUAUAAUGUAAUGAUAAUUCAAGGUCUCGCUGUACUGAAUUUAUGCUAUGAUAAUUCAUGGUUUGACUGUAUUACAUAUAAUGUUUUGUUAUUUCAAGGUUUGACUGUAUUGUAUUGUAUAUUAUGUAAUGAUAUUUCAAGAUUUGACUGUAUUGUAUAUUAUGUUAUGAUAAUU